GGAUUUACCAAAGGUCGAAUUAGCGUGACAGUUACUGAACGUUGUGUCUGUGGUUAUUACUGAAUAUAUACACAAAAUAAUAUCAAACAUGCCGAGAGGAAGCAGAAGCCGGACAUCCAGGAUGUCCCCUCCAGCCAGCCGGGCACCAUCACCACCACCUAUGGCCCGGGCUGCACCACCUCCCUCCUACGCACCAGCACCAAUGCAGGCUCCCCCGUCAGCGGUGGGUGCUCCUGCGGCACCCAGGCAGCCAGGAAUGUUUGCACAGAUGGCAACCACAGCCGCCGGUGUGGCAGUGGGCUCUGCAGUCGGACACACCAUCGGUCACGCCAUGACUGGAGGCUUUGGUGGAGGACAUUCAGAACCAGCCAAGCCCGACGUCACAUACCAGGAACCAUACCAGCAGCAGGCUCCUCAGCAGCAGCAGCCGUACAUGUACCAGCAGCAGGCUCCUCAGCAGCAGCAGGCCUGCUCCUAUGAGCUAAAGCAGUUCAUAGAGUGUGCCCAAAACCAGAGUGACCUCAAGCUCUGCGAGGGAUUUAGUGAAGUACUCAAACAGUGCAAGUUUGCUAAUGGUUUGUAGUGAAUUGGAGAGUGAACAUCAGUCACCGGAAAUCUGCAAUUAACAACCAUCCUGGAUAACUGAGGCUGUGAUUCACAAGAAAACUACAACCGUGCUUUACUUUGACAGUUGAUUAUCAUCGCACCUAAGUUGUAAUCAUAGUCUUAUAAAUAAUGUUAAUAUGUGUUGAGUGGAUUUCAUUUGUUAUUUCUUUAGUGGUUUUGACUUCCAAUUUCCUCCUGUUGUGAACUGCAUUACAAGUAGCUCAUCAUCAACUUGUGAAUUACCCAGUCUCUCUUCUGGAUUAAAGUCUGCAGUUUUAUUGUAACAUGCUUGUAGUUUUAAAAAUAAUAAAGCACUUGGCUCAUGA